UAAUUCUUUGCUUAAUUUGUUUAAAUUUAAGCAAAUUGCGUUUCUCGAUCUAAAGUUUUGAUUUUGUAUAUAUUUUUUGGAUUUCUUGGAAAUUUUGUAAUUAGGGUUGUUGAGAAGUUAGGGAAACAGUGUUGUGAUUUGUAAAAGUGUUUUUUUAUUAGUUAAAGUUGUAAUUUUUAGACCUAUUUAGGUGAUAAAAAUGGGGGAUUUUGAGGGUGAAAAGAUUAGGAAUAUAUGUAUACUUGCUCAUGUUGAUCAUGGGAAGACGACAUUGGCUGACCAUUUGAUUGCUUCAUCUGGUGGUGGUGUACUCCAUCCGAAGCAAGCGGGUAAGCUUAGGUUUAUGGAUUAUUUAGAUGAGGAACAGAGGAGGGCGAUUACUAUGAAGAGUUCUUCUAUAGGUCUUAAAUAUAAGGAACAUUCGAUUAAUCUUAUAGAUUCUCCUGGUCAUAUGGAUUUCUGUAGUGAAGUUUCAACUGCAGCUCGUUUGAGUGAUGGCGCGUUGGUAUUAGUGGAUGCUGUAGAAGGUGUUCACAUUCAGACUCAUGCAGUUCUGCGUCAGGCGUGGAUUGAGAAACUUACCCCGUGUUUGGUUUUGAAUAAGAUUGAUAGGUUGAUUGUUGAAUUGAGAUUGACUCCCCUUGAGGCGUAUACUAGGUUGCAGAGGAUUGUUCAUGAGGUUAAUAGUAUAGUGAGUGCUUACAAGUCUGAAAAGUAUUUGUCGGAUGUUGAUUCUCUGCUCUCUGCUCCGGCUGGACUAGUGGAGGAUGAAAAUCCAGAUCUUGAGUUGUUAGAGGAGGAUGAAGAGGAUACUUUCCAACCCCAGAAGGGGAAUGUCGCGUUUGUAUGUGCACUAGAUGGAUGGGGCUUUAGUAUUAGUGAUUUUGCUGAGUUUUAUGCUUCGAAACUGGGUGCAAGUUCGGCUGCCAUGCAGAAGGCAUUAUGGGGACCUCGGUAUUAUAACGCCAAGACUAAGAUGAUUGUAGGUAAAAAGGGAAUUAGUAGUGGAAGUAAAGCUAGGCCCAUGUUUGUGCAAUUUGUUCUUGAGCCACUUUGGCAGGUUUAUCAAGCUGCUGUGGAAGAAUAUGGAGAUAGGGGGAUGCUUGAGAAAGUUAUAAAGUCUUUUAAUUUGUCUAUACCUCCUCGUGAACUUCAAAAUAAGGAUCCUAAAUUUGUGCUUCAAUCUGUUAUGAGUCGUUGGCUUCCAUUGUCCGAUACCAUAUUGUCUAUGGCUGUCAAACACAUGCCUGAUCCUGUAUCUGCUCAGUCUUUCCGUAUAUCUCGGCUGCUUCCAAAGAGAACACUCUUAGAUAUGGGCUCGAACCCUGAUGUGCUUUCUGAAGCCGAACUUGUCAGGAAAUCUGUGGAGUCCUGUGAUUCCAGCCCUGAUGCUCCUUGUGUUGUUUUUGUUUCUAAGAUGUUUGCUAUUCCAUCAAAAAUGCUUCCGCGUGGAGAGAUUAUGGAUGACAGUGGAAAUGGUGACUCUGAUGAAUGUUUUCUUGCAUUUGCCAGGAUCUUUAGUGGGGUUCUUCAUGCAGGACAGAAAAUUUUCGUACUUACAGCAUUGUAUGAUCCACUGAAGGAAGAAUCAAUGCAGAAGCAUGUGCAAGAAGCUGAGUUGCAGUCUUUGUAUUUGAUGAUGGGUCAAGGGUUGAAACCAGUGGCAUCAGCCAAGGCGGGUAAUGUCAUAGCUAUCCGAGGGCUUGCCCAGCAUAUAUUGAAGAGUGCGACUCUUUCAUCUACGUUGAAUUGUUGGCCUUUAUCAAGUAUGACUUUCCAAGUCUCACCCAUGCUUAAAGUUGCAAUUGAACCUUCUGAUCCUGCUGACAUGGGUGCACUUAUUAAAGGUUUGAGGCUUCUAAACAGAGCGGAUCCUUUUGUUGAGGUUUCUAUUUCUGCUAGGGGCGAACAUGUUCUUGCUGCAGCAGGUGAGGUGCACCUGGAGAGAUGCAUUAAAGAUUUAAAGGAGAGAUUUGCUAAGAUAAACUUGGAAGUCUCUGCACCCCUUGUAUCUUUCAAAGAGACCAUCGAAGGAGAUAGCGCUAAUCCCUUAGAAAAUUUGAAGCUAUUGAGCCGCAGCUCUGAUUAUUUGGAGAAAGAAACUCCAAACGGAAGAUGUGUUGUUCGUGUGCGUGUUAUGAAGCUUCCAACUGCAUUGACAAAGCUGCUUGAUGAAAGUUCUGAGUUGCUUGAAGACAUCAUUGGAGGUAAAUCUCUACAGGCUUGUAGAAGCUCGGAAACUCUCAGAGGUAACGUUGUAGAAGAUGAGAAUCCAAUUGAAGCAUUUAAGAAACGCCUAAUAGAUGCUGUGGAGAGCGACUUUUCUACUGGAUUUGCUGAUACAGAAAAGGAUAGGAUUGAUAAAUGUAAGAAAACAUGGCAAAAACUCUUAAAAAGGAUCUGGGCUUUAGGGCCUAGACAGGUCGGUCCCAACAUUCUCCUCACUCCGGAUGUGAAAGGAAAGAGCGCCGACGUUUCUAUUCUUAUAAAGGGUUCCCCUUAUGUAUCGAAAAAGUUGGGCUUUACGGAUGACAAUGAUGAUAGCAGCGCAUCACCAGAAUCAUCAACCAGUUUGGAUCCGACCCUUUUACGAGAAGCUGAGAAUCUUGAAAGCAGUAUAUUAUCUGGAUUUCAGUUAGCUACAGCAUCUGGCCCUUUAUGUGAUGAGCCAAUGUGGGGUUUGGCAUUUGUUAUUGAAGCUUCCAUAUCUCCAUUAGCUACGCAACCAAAUGAUAGUGAGACCGGCCCUAUUCCACAGCCUGAACAAUAUGGGCUUUUACCUGGACAGGUGAUGACUGUUGUUAAGGAUGCCUGCAGGGCUGCUGUUCUCCAGAGUAAACCUCGACUUGUUGAAGCCAUGUACUUCUGUGAACUGAACACCCCACACGACCAGUUGGGCAACACUUACACAGUUCUUAAUCGUAGGCGUGCUCAUGUGGUAAACGAAGAAAUGCAGGAAGGUUCUUCCUUGUUCACUGUACACGCUUAUGUACCAGUUGCAGAAAGCUUUGGAUUCUCCGAUGAGUUGAGGAGAAAGACUUCUGGAGCUGCAAGUGCACUACUCGUCCUCAGCCAUUGGGAAGCCCUUCCAGAGGAUCCUUUCUUUGUACCUAGAACCGAGGAGGAGAAAGAAGAAUUCGGAGAUGGUGCUAGUGUGCCACAGAGUAUAGCAAGAAAACUCAUGGAUUCUGUAAGACGAAAGAAAGGUCUUCCAGUAGAGGAAAAAGUGGUACAAUUCGCGACUAAGCAGAGGACGUUGGCUCGCAAGGUGUAGAAGUUCAAUGCAUGUUUGGUUUGUGUAAACAGUUUAUCUCAGUAUACAUUAUUAGCUUUAUACUGUUAUUCAUUAGAAGCAAAGUUUUGUUAGCAUAUAAUACUGUAAUGACACUGGAGUUCUUUGCAAAGCAGUUGUUUUUCUGGAUGCAAUAUAUCAUAGUUUUUAUCUAA